AUGUCCUCAAGUGAUGGAAGGUCCAGGAUUCAGGACAGAGGCUACAGUGAGGUUCCAAGGGACAUGCCUGGUCCAGAUGGUACCCUACAAACCCUCCAGUCCCUGCACAGCAGUGAGCUGGCUGUGAGCUCCGAUCCUCUGCCACCGCCUCCUCUCCCAUUACAGCCACCAUUUGGCCCGACCUUCUACUCAAGUGACACAGAGGAACCAGCCAUAGCACCAGACCUCAAGCCGGUAAGGCGCUUUGUCCCCGACUCCUGGAAAAACUUCUUCAGAGGGAAGAAAAAAGACCCAGAAUGGGAUAAGCCAGUGUCUAAUAUCAGAUACAUCUCGGAUGGUGUGGAGUGUUCACCUCCGGCCUCUCCUGCGAGACCAAAUCACCUCCCACCCAGCUCUUACAAAGAUCCUUCUGGAGGGUCAGAAGGCACUUUUAAUUCGCCGCAAGAGGCACAUGCCAUGUUUCCCCAGGGCUCUUAUGCAUCCCUAGACCGGCGCACACAGACCGCACUGACCUACAGCGAGAAGGUGGAGGAGUACAAUCUGCGGUAUGCCUACAUGAAGUCGUGGGCGGGCCUGCUGAGAAUUCUGGGUGUGGCUGAACUGCUUCUGGGGGCUGGCGUCUUCGCGUGUGUCACAGCUUACAUCCACAAGGACAACGAGUGGUACAACUUGUUUGGAUAUACACAGCCGUAUGGCACAGCAAGUCUUGGCAGCCUGGGCAGCACAUAUGGGGGAUAUUACUACAGUGGCCCCAAGACCCCUUUUAUACUCGUGGUGGCUGGUUUGGCUUGGAUCACCACUAUUAUUAUUCUGGUGCUUGGCAUGUCCAUGUAUUACCGAACCAUUCUUUUGGACUCUAAUUGGUGGCCCCUGACUGAGUUUGGAGUUAACGUUGCGUUGUUUAUCCUGUACAUGGCCGCAGCCAUUGUUUAUGUGAAUGAUACCAACCGAGGUGGACUCUGCUAUUAUCCAUUAUUCAAUACUCCGAUAAAUGCGGGCUUCUGCCGGGUAGAAGGAGGUCAGAUAGCAGCAAUGAUCUUCUUGUUUGUCACCAUGAUAGUUUAUCUCGUCAGUGCUCUGGUCUGCCUAAAACUGUGGAGGCAUGAGGCAGCUCGGAGGCAUAGGGAAUACAUGGAGCAGCAGGAGAUAAAGGAGCCAUCAUUGUCAUCAAAAAGGAGAAUGUGCGAAGUGGCCCCUAGUGACAGACAAAGAGACCAAGAAGUUAAUUUCAAAGAGUUGAGAACAACGAAAAUGACCCCUGAACUUCUGAGUGGACACAUCCCUCCGGGAUAUAUUCCCAAGCCCAUCGUGAUGCCUGACUACGUGGCAAAAUACCCUGUGAUUCGGACGGAUGACGAUCGAGAACGCUAUAAGGCUGUGUUCCAAGACCAGUUCUCAGAGUACAAAGAGCUGUCUGCGGAAGUGCAGGCCAUACUAAGAAAGUUCGAUGAGCUGGAUGCAGUGAUGAGCAGGCUUCCUCGACAUUCUGAAAACUUCCAGGAACAUGAGAGAAUUUCAAGAAUCCAUGAAGAGUUUAGGAAAAAAAAGAACGACCCCUCAUUUCUGGAAAAAAAGGAGCGUUGUGAUUACCUCAAGAACAAACUUUCUCACAUAAAGCAGAGAAUUCAAGAAUAUGAUAAAGUAAUGAAUUGGGAUACGCAAGGUUAUUCUUAGCCCAUCUGAAACUAACUAUUUAUUCCCUGCCUUUAUAUGCUGGCCUCAUGGGUGAGAAGCAGGUGCUUCCAGCUUAGCUUCUGCUUGGUUUAACAUCCAAGGUUAAACAGUAUGAUUUUACUUAAACAUUUCAAAACAAUUUCAAACUCAAUGAGAGCCCUUACUGAGACUGGAGAGACCAUGUAGUCACCUGAGUACAGUUUCACGUUUUUCUCACUCAAAUGUGUUGUCAUUUCGAUAUCCUGUCACUGGGGGUGACAAGCUCAUUAGCCCCAGUUCUCAUGUUGCUCUUUCCUUCAGUCGAGCUGCCUCCUUCAAUGUCUCUUCCUAAGAAAAAUUCUUAGGAGAUUCUUCCUAAGGAAGUCCCUCCCUUCAUGAGGACUGAAGCCAAGAUCAGUUGUCACACUUUGUGACCUUGGGCAAGCUGAUUAAACCUCUGCCUGUUUCUGUAAAAUGAAACUAAGAUGGUACCUACCUCAUAGGGCAGUUAUGAGGACUGCACGUGCUCAUAAUUCUCACACAUGCAGAACAGAGCCUGCCACUGUAUCAGCACUGCAUUCAGUUGGGGAGUGCUGUGGACGUUUUGCUGAAACUACACAGGAUGAGUCUCCAGAAACAGUCCUUAGUCAGCGCUUAACCUAAGGCCACCUGCCCCGUGGUUUUGUCGUUGUGCUUUUCACCGUUACCACAUGAAGCCUUAAGCAGCCCAGCCGUUCCGCUGUUGUUUGUGACCUGUUAUGGGCCCCCAUAUGUUUGUCAGGGUCACUCUGCAUAUAUCCCCAAGUCCCAUAGCCCACCCUGUCCUGUACACAUGUGAGUGACACCUUUCAGUUCCCUUGGAUUCCCUCCAUGACUCAUUUCAUCUUACCAAGAAGCAUCCAGGCUGGCAUUUUAUUCACGAGAAAUGUAUUACUGUUUUUUAAUAUGGAAAUAUAUAUUAUAUUUUUAAAGAAAUUGUUAGCAGGCAGGGGCUAUAGCUCAGUGGUUGAGGAUUUCCCUGGCAAGCUUGGAUGAUGCGCUGAUCCUUAGCAACAUUAAAAAAAAGAAAGAGAAAAAUUAAAAUGCUGGAGAUGUAGCCCGGUUGAUAGAGCACAUGCCCAGAAUGCAUGAGGAUUCAGUUCUAGCACUGCAUAAACCAUGCAUUGUGUCCAGGGCCUGGGAGGCAGGAAGAUCAGGAGCUCAAAGUCCCGCUUUGCUACAUAGUGAGUUCAAGGCCAGCCUGGACUACAUGACAUCCUGUCUUAAAAAAUAAAUAAAUAAAAAACUUAAAAUGGGGAAGAAAAAGCACUGCUUUGGGUUUUUUUCUAUUCAGCAGAGUCCAGCCAGUCACUUCCCUGGUGUAGAAUAAUGGCUUCUGUCUAAUGUAGCUCCCAUUCAGACAAUUAAUCAACUAAUGUCCGAAGGAGUUUACGAAGUGGAGGAGCCAAAGUAAUACACGGAGCAGGCAGAUGCCCAGAAAGUUCCAGUUCCGGCUGCUAAAUGACCUAGCUUGCCUUUGUUAGUGAAAUUAGCACCACUCCUGCAGAUCCAAGGCCAAUCCAACUUCUGUAGUGAGACCUUGUCUCACAACACAAAACAAAUAC